GCCCGGCCGUGCCCGCCGCAGUCAUGAUCCACAGCCUGUUCCUGAUCAACCUCUCCGGGGACAUCUUCCUGGAGAAGCACUGGAAAAGCGUCGUCAGCCGCUCCGUCUGUGACUACUUCUUCGAGGCGCAGGAGCGGGCCUCGGAGGCCGAGAACGGGCCGCCCACGCCGCACCACUACCUCCUCAGCGUCUACCGCCACAAGAUUUUCUUCGUGGCCGUUAUCCAGAGCGAGGUGCCGCCGCUCUUCGUCCUCGAGUUCCUGCACCGCGUCGUGGACACGUUCCAGGAUUAUUUUGGUGUCUGUUCAGAGGUGAUAAUCAAGGACAAUGUUGUGGUGGUUUAUGAGGUGCUGGAGGAGAUGCUGGACAAUGGCUUUCCAUUGGCAACAGAGUCUAAUAUUCUUAAGGAACUGAUAAAACCUCCUACUAUCCUGCGAACAGUUGUCAACACCAUCACAGGAAGCACUAAUGUGGGUGACCAGCUUCCUACUGGGCAGCUCUCAGUGGUGCCUUGGAGACGUACUGGUGUAAAAUAUACCAACAAUGAGGCCUAUUUUGAUGUGAUUGAGGAGAUAGAUGCAAUCAUUGACAAAUCAGGUUCCACAAUUACUGCUGAAAUCCAAGGGGUGAUUGAUGCUUGUGUCAAGCUGACUGGGAUGCCAGACCUUACCCUCUCGUUUAUGAACCCUCGGUUACUGGAUGAUGUCAGCUUUCACCCAUGUGUGCGUUUUAAGCGCUGGGAGUCAGAGAGAAUACUCUCCUUCAUUCCACCUGAUGGAAAUUUUCGCUUGCUCUCCUACCAUGUCAGUGCUCAGAAUCUGGUGGCAAUUCCUGUCUACGUUAAGCACAACAUCAGUUUCCGUGAUAGCAGCUCCCUGGGACGGUUCGAGAUCACAGUGGGGCCAAAGCAGACUAUGGGCAAGACUGUGGAGGGAGUGAUGGUCACUAGCCAGAUGCCAAAAAGUGUCUUAAAUAUGACCCUUACACCUUCUCAGGGAACACAUGUCUUCGAUCCAGUGACAAAG